AAUUAAUCCCUUCACCAAAACAGGCCGAGCUUGUGCUGCUGAUAAAAAUAUAAUAAAGUAUUGAUCGACAAUCGACUGACUGCGAACGGCGGGCGCGUCCCCAUUUCUGAUUCUGAUUGUAAAAACGUCUCUCAAUCAGUUAAAUUCAAUUAUAGUGAUAUAUUUGUUAUUGUUUUUGUUUUUAUUGUUUAAUUUCUAUUGGUGUUAAUUUUAUACUGUUUUAUAAUUGUUAAAUGCGACUAUUCAUUUUUAGCUGUGGUAUAAUUAUUUACGGAAGUGUCUUUCGAUUUUUUUUUUAAAUAAACAUUUAUAAAUGGCUCGAGUGGCAGUUUCGAGCCUAAUUCUCGUCGCCCUUGCAUUGUUUUAUAUUCGGGAUAUACCUUGUUUGAUAAGUGCUCGAGAAUGUAAAAGUAUUGACAUAAAAAACAAUGCGGCUAGUUUUAGGGUACUAGAGGGUUGCCAUGUUAUCAAGGGCUAUUUAGUUAUAGGCUUAAUUUCUAGAGAAUCAUCACAAAGUAAUUUCAGCAAUUUAACGUUUCCAGAAUUAAAAGAAAUAACGGACUUUUUUUUGAUGCACGAUGUAAGGGGAUUAACGGAUAUGAAAAAGCUAUUUCCUAACCUAGUUGUUAUUCGUGGUAGGAGGCUUUUCUUAAGCUAUGCAUUAUCAGUGUCUAAUAUGCCUGACUUAGCUGCGAUUGAAUUUAGAAAUCUAAUUGCAAUACAGCGGGGUCAUGUGUUUAUAGCAAAUUGUCCUAAAAUGUGUUUUUUAAAGAAGAUCAAUUGGGAUCGUUUGACCUUAACAUCAGGAGAGAACCAUAUUUUCCCAGUAGAAGGAUCCAAGUGUGAUUAUGCAGAAUGCAAGGGAUGUGACUAUUGUUGGUCUAAUAAUUAUUGUCAAAAGUUUGAAAAUGUUAAUUUAAUUAACUUAACACAAACUUCUCUUCAUUGUGAUCCACAAUGUCUUGGUGGAUGUUAUAAUAGUUCUAAUACAGGAUGUAAUAUGUGUAAGGGAAUUAACGAUCAUGGAGCAUGUGUUGACAAGUGUCCUAACAACACCUUCUUUUCUGAAAAUUAUCAGCGAUGUUACACAAAAGAGGAGUGUUACAAAUUAAAAAACUAUUUAUUCAACGACGAAUGCAACAGAAGAUGCCCUUCCGGAUAUAAUCAUAGCAGAAAAGUUGGGUCAUGCGUAAAAUGUACAGAAGGCUGCAUUCGAGAGUGCUUCCCUGACGAACAUGAAACCGAAAUUACAGUAAUAAGCUUAGCUCACGCUGAAUCAUUAAAAAAUUGUCAACAUCUCAGGGGUAGCUUGUUCAUUUCAAUUCGACACAUAGUUGAAGAACAAGACUUAAUUGCAUCUUUUAAAAACUUGCGAAUAGUUGAAGGAUAUAUAAAAGUUUACUACUCACCCUUCUUGAAAUCGUUGGAUUUUUUAAAGAAUCUUGAAAAAAUCGAAGGAAAGCCAUUGGAGAAUGAAACAUUUGGAUUAGUUUUAUAUAGCAAUGAGCAACUUGAAGAACUUUGGACACCACCAGCAGGAAAAAAUGUGGAAUUCAUAAACGGAGGCAUCUAUUCAUUUGCCAAUAAGAAACUUUGCAACAAAAAGUUGGCGGAAUUCAGCCGAAAUAUAAUUCACAACAAUGAAAAGGAUCUAUUGCAGUUAAAUGACCAGGAUGUUCUUUGUGAACCAGUAAGACUUUACGUAUAUGAAGAGAAUAUUACCCACAACAGUGUUAUGAUAACUUGGACAAAGAAUCAAACAGCUGACGAAGUUGAAAUAAUUUACCGUGAGGCUAAGUACGAUGCCGGCGAGCAAAGUGAGCUUGACGAUGAUAUUUGCUUGAGAGUCCACUGGCACCGAGAGCUAAUGUUCGACACAGAUAUUUCUGAACAGAACUCAUCUCACUAUAUGUUCACAAUAUCCAAUCUACUGCCCUAUACAAACUAUGAAUACCUCGUGAAGACUUUUAGAGGAGAAGACUAUUACUCAGCUAGAUCUCCAAUUCAAAGAUUCCAAACCAAACCAGAUCUUCCAACAGCACCACAGCUUGUUACACUCCGAAAAUCCUACAGAAAUAUCACACUCAAAUGGUUGCCAAGAAACAAGACACGUGAAGUGGUAAAAUAUUAUCUUCUAGAAACAUUUGAGCAAAUUGUAGACUUAGAUACCCUGGAUACAAGGUCCUACUGUGAACAGCCUUUUGAAUACUAUGCACAGAAUGUUUUGGAGGAUUUUGAUGAUUGUUGUCAAAGAAAACGGGAACAAAUAGAUGAUGAGGAAUUCAAACUUGACAUGGAAGCAACAUUUGUGUGCAGUAUUGACCAGAAGGACAAUUGUCACAGAUUGGUCAAGAGCGGUCAUCGGACAAACGUCUCUGUAAUUGAUGCUAAAAUGGAAAAUUUUACAAUUAACGGUCUUAAGCAUUUCACCAGAUAUACUUUCUUUUUGUUUGCAUGCAACGAUGUGGGCUGUGGAUCAUAUUUUAUGCACACUGACAGAACCGCAGUUGUCAAAGAAUUCGAUUUAAUCACUAACGCAUACUCAUGCAGAGAACAAAAUAACAUCACUUACAUGGUCAAAUUUGCAGAACCUCCAACUCCAAAUGGGGCUGUACUAAAUUACCUCAUACAGUUUCACAAUACCCAACGCGUUGUUGUUCCUACGGUUGACAUUGGAUAUGCUUACUGUCUAAGUCGAAAACAAUUUGAAACUGGAGAUAAUGAAAUCUUUGUUCGUUUUAAGGGCACGUACAUGUUUAAUAAAUUUUCUGUAAGAGUUGUUACAACUGGAGGUGGUGCGCUCAGUAAAUGGUUUGACGUUGAUAGCAAUACUUGUACUCACAGAGGAAGACUAACCGCACUAAGGAUCGUGGUGGCAUCCGUUGCUUCCACGUUAUUAUUAUUGCUCAUUUGGUUUUGCUUAAAAAGACGUUGGUGGGCUUUUGAACGCCUGCAUGGGUGGAGAAGGGGAACCCGGAGUUUACGAAGCGCCGUGGGAAUGGAAGACCGCCAAGAACUUGUCCCCAGUUUGGAUACGGUUACAUUUAGAAAUUCACGUGAAAGCGUUUUUUAAAAUGAUCAAUAGUAAAAAAAUGUUUCAAAUUCUUUUAUUUUAAUACAGACAUCGCGUCGUCAUUGUAUUUUAGAAAAGCGUUGAAGAAAACUUGCUCUCCAGCUAUUUUGAUAAGCUCGCUAGAUUUAUUUGCAGAUUUCAAGCAACUGUCGAGAAACUUUCCUGCUUAGAUCCCAAAAAUUAUGGAUCAACUACAUAUACAUAUGUGUUUUAAAUUUAUUUUCAAGAUUAUAAUUGAUAAAAAAAACUUUCCUCAAAUUAAAACCAAAAAUACGAAAUUAUAAUCACCAUACAAAAUUAAGUAAAUAAAACUUUUUUAUUAAGAGA